UAUGUAUAGUGUGUAUUUAGUGAGGUUCUGAUUUUCUUUGCCACCACCAUUCCCUUUUCCACGCCUCCACACUCUGAACCCUUUUUUUGGCCCUUUUUUCUGAUCGGAACUUAUGAGCGCCGCCGACGAGGAGUGGGUCAAAGCGGCCAUGUCCGACGACGCUAUGGUCGUCGAGCUACUGGUGCGUCUCCACGGCGCCGCCGGCCGGACGAAGGCGGCGGUGGCGCUGCCGCUCGAGUGGACCGUCCGGCAGCGGAGGUCGAAACCUAUGUCGGUUACCAACAGCCUGAAGAGUCAAUCGCAGGCACAGAGAGCUAGCCCUACCACGCCGCUGUCGUGGAGCGGCGCCACCUCCAACAGCGGUGGAUCUGGCGGCGCCGGCUGCGAGGAGUCGUCCAGCCGACCAGUUCCGCCGAAACCGUCCUGCCAGAGAAGAUCUAAGGUUAAUGGAGAUACUGAGAAAACAACCUUGAAGAGGUCAAGAAAGAAGAAGACCUUAGCUGAACUUCGAGUUGAAGAGAGCACACUACUGAAGGAAAAAAGAGAGUUGAAUAGGGAAAUAGCUGCCAUACGCCUCAAUGUCGAGAAACAAAGAACUACUAAUGAAAGCUUGAAGAGAAUGAAGAUUGAACUGCAAUCGCUUCCCGGUGGAGCCGAGGAAUCAACAUCUGACCAACUGAAGCAAAAGACAACGACGACCUGUUGUCCUACCCCUUCCAUCACUCGACAGCCCUCUUUGCCUAACGGCUGUCCUGAACCAGAUGAUCCCGCUGCUGCAUCCAAUCCUAAGCUCAUGCUUCCUGAUCUAAACAUCCCCUUUGACGAGAAUCCCUGUCCUGAUGUUAUCUGGACUCGGGUCGGGUAGAUGCCUGGUUGAUUAGUGGUGAAGGUUUUCUUCAACUAUGCGGCAAAACACACACAGCAGAUGACAGAUUCCUAUACACUACUAAAUAAUGCCUAUGCUAACCUUGCUUU